UUCAGAAAUUAAAAAAAAUUUUACUUUAAAAAUGGCUGCAACUGAUGGUAAACAAGAAAUUCAACAACAAGAAGAAGUACUUCAACUUUUAGAUCCCCAAAUUCAAAAUUAUUUUAAAAAAGGAUUGGGACAUACUCAACUAACUUCUGUGCAGGUUUUUUUAUUUUAUAAAAAAUUUUUUUCCCCAAAGAAAUGUACAAUCGAAAAAAUGCUUUCAAAUUUUGAUUGUAUUGUUCAAUCACCUACAGGUUCUGGUAAAAGUUUGGCUUUUAUAUUACCUAUGAUGCAUAUUUUGCUUAAAAAGAAGGAAAAGAUUGAACAAAGCAAAGAAGCCCCAUGCAAAAUUAUUGGUCUAAUUAUUGUUCCCAGCAGAGAAUUAGUUAAUCAAAUAUUUCAAUUAUGUAAACCAAUAUGUUCACAACUUGAAUUUAAAAUAAUUCGUUUAUUUGGUUCGAGUGGAGCACGAAAAAAGAGAAUGAAAGUUGACGUUGAUUAUUUUAAAGGAAAUUGCCAGCACAAUCAAUUAAAGGAAUAUUUAAAAUUUUUGGAAGUUUUGAUAAUUGAUGAAGCAGACAAAUUUAAGGAUCAAGAUACAAGAAAAAGCAUUUGUUCAGUACUCUCUAUUUUGCCAAAACAGCGACGUUCUGCUCUUUUUUCUGCUACAGAAAUGGCCGACAAAUUCGAAACAAAAGUUAACGAAUUAGCUCGUUUUGGACUUAGAAAUCCGUUAAAAUUAACUAUAGGUUCAGAUAAUAUAAUACAAAUGAAUAAAGAUGAAAAAGGAGAAGAAGAUAAUCAAGAGGAAGAAAAGAAGGAAAUAAAGCAAGAAGACGGUUCAAUUGUUACACCAAAAGAAUUAAUCAAUUACUAUGCGUGUGUCCCAGCAGAAUUCAAAUUUUUGGCUUUGAUCAAAUUUUUAAAAUCCCAACAUAACGAAAAGAUACUUGUAUUCUGUUCAAAUUCAGCACAAUGUGAAUAUUUUGGAAUAAUUGCACGUUCACUUUUAGAAGAUGAUGAAAGAGUUGUAAUGGAAAUGCAUAGAAAAAUGGAAGGAAAAAGACAAAAAGUGUUAGACGUAUUUCGCAGUACAAAAAGAGCAAUAUUAUUCUCAACAGAUGUUUUAGCACGUGGAAUUGAUGUAUUAGACAUUGACUGGGUAUUACAAUACGAUUUUCCAAAAUUAUCAAAACUUUAUGUUCAUCGAAGUGGAAGAGCCGGAAGAAUGGGAAGAAUUGGGAAAUCUUUAAUAUUAUUAACUAAUGAAGAAUCUGCUUAUAUUCAAUUUUUAGAAAAUCAAGAAAAAGUUGUUUUGGAAGAAAGUGAAUUUGGAGGUUUAACUGAAGAGAAAGCACUCAAAAUUAAAGAAAAGAUACAACAAAUGGCUAGUGAAGACAGAAAAUUUCUCGAGCUUGGAACUGCUGCAUUUGUUUCAUUCAUCGAAGCAUACAACAGACACGACACCCAAAUUGUUUGUAAAGUUAAAGAUUUGGAUAUUGUUGGUUUAGCAAAUUCUUUUGGCCUUAUACGCUUUCCAAAAAUUCGUGAAUUGGCUGGACGACAAGAUUUAAUUGCAAAAUUUCAGUCAAGAUUAGAUAUAAAAAUUAAUGAAAUAAAAUAUAAAGAUGAUAAAUUAGAAAUGAAGAGAUUAGAAAUGGAAGAAAAAAAUAAAAAGAGAAUGGAAAAACAUGAAAGAAGAAAAAUGAGAAGAAUGGCUGCAAAUGAUGGGGGAGGACAAACAAAGCAGCAAAAGUUUAAAAGUGGAAAAAUGAUAAAAGGAAAAAUGACAAGUAUGGAAGAGCUUAAUAAUACAAACAAUGAAGAUGAAGAAGAUGAAGACGAUCAAUCAAGCGUAGAAGAUAAUAACAACAACAAGCAAAAUGGAGGAGGAAAAUCAUCAGGAAAACCAACAUCAAAUAAAAGGAAGAGAAAACAACCAGAAUGGGAACAAUUACAAAAAGGCGAAAAAUUGCUUAAAAAGUUUAAAAAAGGAAAAAUAACAAAAACAGAAUUGGAAGAGGAAAUGGAUGAAGCUUUUGAUUAA